AGUACACCAUAACGUCGUCGUUCGUUGUUGACGGUCGGCACGUCGGGACGUUGGCACGUUGUAUGGCCGGUGUGCUCGUGGGUUUGCGGGUGUGCUGCGUGCCGAUGUGCUGGCAAGUGCAUUAUUAGGUACUAGUGGCUUCUGUUGCAUCCGGCAUCAGCUGUGUCCUGUCUGCAUUAAAUUAUACCGAAACAUUUUACACUCGUUUCGGUUUCUAUGCUGUGUGGCAGAGAUGAUUCCAGCAGCCAGACGUCUGGGUCUCACAUGGCAGAGAUGGAGAAGCAUACGUCUUUGCAGUAGCGAAGCGCACCGGAAAUUGAGUGGUCGCAAAGUGCGCCAGCUUUUCCUGGACUAUUUCACCAAGGACCAUGGCCACCAAUUUAUCCCUUCCAGUUCGGUGGUUCCAUCAUCUGACAAGUCCAUUUUAUUCACCAAUGCUGGAAUGAACCAAUUCAAAAGUGUGUUUCUUGGUGCCAUGGAUGCCAACAGCCCAUUUGAGAAUCUGAAGCGUGCAGCAAACUACCAAAAGUGCAUUCGAGUGGGAGGAAAGCACAAUGACCUAGAAGAUGUGGGCAAGGACUUGAAUCACCACACCUUCUUUGAGAUGCUGGGCAACUGGUCCUUUGGUGACUACUUCAAGAAAGAAGCAUGUGCCAUGGCAUGGGAGCUUCUCACUGAAGUCUACCGCUUGCCCAAGGAGAGACUGUAUGUUACCUACUUCGCUGGUGACAAAGAGGCAGGCUUGCUCCCUGAUGAGGAGUGCCAGCAAGCCUGGUUGGAGCUUGGUUUGCCGCCAACACACGUGCUGCCUUUUGGGAUGAAGGACAACUUCUGGGAGAUGGGCAACAUGGGGCCUUGCGGCCCCUCCACGGAGAUCCACAUCGAUCUGGCUGAGGGUGGCGGGCCUUUGAAGCCCGCAACACUUCGUGUCAAUGCCGGCUCUGGUGACCUGGUGGAGCUCUGGAACCUUGUGUUUAUUCAGUUCAACAGAGAUGCCGGCGGCAACCUUUCCUCACUGCCAAAUAAGCAUGUCGACACUGGCAUGGGGUUGGAACGACUCACUGCAGUUCUGCAAAAUGUGAAGUCAAACUAUGACACAGAUCUGUUUUCUCCGCUUCUGUCUGCAUUGCAAAAGAGUGCAAGAGUCGCUCCCUAUCGUGGUCUGGUAGGACCAGAUGCUUCUGUGGACGUGGCCUACCGCAUCGUUGUUGACCAUGCCCGGAUGUUUACAGUUGCCAUCUCGGACGGUGUGCUACCAGAACAUUUUGAUGCUGGGAACAAACUAAGAAGGGUGAUUCGCAAAGCAUCACAUGCUGCCAUCAAGCAGUUGAAGUGUGAUCAAGGAGUUCUGGCUUCUUUGGCCGACAGUGUUUAUACUGUUCUUGGAGAAUUUUAUCCUAACCUCGAUUUGGAGCUGGUCAAGAACAUUGUCAAUUUGGAGGAAGACAGGUACCUCUGGCAAAUGAGCAAGGCCGAGGCUGCCCUUCGUGAUGCCAAGCCAAGCAAGGAAAUUUCAGGAAAGUUGGCCUGGGAUAUGUAUGUCCAGUACGGCCUACAAAAGGAGCUCAUCGCAGAUAUGGCGGCUGACAGAGGCUUGUCAGUAAAUUGGGUAGAGUUUUCGGAGCUUUUUAAAGAAUUUCAGGAAAAAUCUGAAGCCGGGAAGGCUCGGUCAGCUGUGGAGGCAGAGGGCCUGACCCGGGAAAUAAUGCAACUUCGCAAAGCAGGCUUUGCGCCAACUGACACUGACGGCAUCUACAACUAUACGUCUUGCGACGGGAACUAUAGUUUUCCAAAUAUCUGGACGCUCGUAAAGGCCAUAUUUAGAAAUGGCAAGGAAGUGGACACUGUCAACCUGGGGGAGGACUGUCUUAUUGUGACAAGUUCUACAAAUUUUUACUUUGAAAGUGGAGGGCAGGUGUCGGACAAAGGAACCAUAACCACCAAGGAUGGCGAGUUCUGUGUACAGUCUGUGAAGAGCCAGGGUGGCUUUGUGUUCCAUCGAGGAGUUGUUUCUAGAGGUGCAGUAAGCAAGGAUGAUGCAGCAGAAAUGUGCAUCGACAAGCAACAUCGAACUCAGUGCAUGCUGCAUCACACAGCGACUCACUGCCUCAACAUGGCCCUGAGAGCCGUACUCGGGUCUACGGAGCAGAGGUCCUCCCUGGUGGACAGCAGACACUUGCGGUUCGACUUUCUUUCUAAGAAAGGCCUAACCACUGACCAAGUCCAAAGGGUCCAGGAUUGCUGUAAUGCCAUGAUCAGGGAAAACCACGAUGUACAAAAAGUCAUUUUGCCCAAAUCGGAGGCAUUGGAACUGCCACAGUUGGUGACCGUUGCGAAUGAGGAGUACCCAACCUCAGUUUCUGUAAUUACAAUUGGGAAGAAUGACAACAUUGUAUCUCGGGAACUAUGCUGUGGAACGCAUGUUUCCAGCCUGUCUGACUUGGGGGAAUUCGUGCUGACAUCCCAUCGUUCUGUGGGCAGCAUGGUGAGGUCGGUCUGUGCCGUUGCUGGCCCCUUGGCUGUCGAUGUCAAUUCUCGAGACCAGCAUGUCGCAGAGCAGAUCCAGCUAUUGGCACAAGAAAUUGCAGCCUUGAUGAAACUCCCACCCGAUGAUUACGUCAGCAUGGCUUCAUGCAGAGAAAAGCUUCAUGAAAUCAGAAGGUUCAUAGCGGACAACACGGUUUCCCUGCUACUCCAAAGAACUGCAGAAGAGAAGUUGGAGAAGCUGAAGCGCCAGAUUGAUAGCAUCAUCAGAAAAUACAACCACACUUUCGGAGAGCAAAGGGUGUUGGAUGAGCUGAAUACUGCAGUAAAACAGUGGGAAGGAGAGCCCUUUCAGGUGGUCUGCUUGAGGCAAUGCACUGAUGGGACCUUAGUGACAAAGCUGGCACGAAAACUUGGUCAGCACAAGCCCAGCUUUAUUGCUGUUCGCACCAGUCCCGAACGUCUCCAGGUUGACUGCUAUGUGCCUGAGGAAUUCUUGUCCGACACGUUUCAGGCAUGCACGUGGGCCGCUGUUGCUGAACGAUAUGGUUUUAGUUAUAGUUAUUCCUCUAGUAACCAUAGUGAACCAGAAAUGUACUACAAAGUAAUAAUAUGUUGUGAGGACAACAGCAUGGAAGAACUUGAAAGUGUUGCGGUUGAGUUCGCAAAAGCUCAACUUUCUGGCAGUGUGGCAAGCAGAACCUAAGGUUUUUUGAUUGUUAACAAAAACACCAUUAGCAGGAAUGCAAACAUUGUAUUUUAAGCUACUGAAAUGAUAAACUUUCAGUAAUGUUCUGGAGGGAAUCAGAAAUAAAGUCCAGAGCUUAUUCUGA